UUCAAGUGUAGCAUUCGUUGAAGACGCACCAGAUGGCGAGAACUGUAGCUGCAUUGGCAAUUAAUGCCAUUUGGCUUUUUAAUUUGAUCUUAUUACCGAAAUGUAUAACGGAUGAAACUGCACCACCACCUCAAACGACAAUAGUACAAACAACACCGGACGAUAAUCCCGAGAAUCAUGUUUGUUGCUUUAAAAAUGAGGUCGUUUCUGAACAUUUGGACGUAUGUCGUUUUACGUCAUGUGAAAAGGCUCUCGAUCCGCCUACAGUUGCUUGUUACGCCAAUAAUAUAAAAAGACUCAAUUGUAAAUGCAUAACAAGGCAUUAUCGUACUUCAGCUUGGCGAUGUGAACCGUUAGAAAAAUGUAUUGAAGAACAGAAAAAUCCACCAAAGUUACCACCAAAUCCCGAAUGUAGAGCAAAACAUACCGAAUUGGUCGGGUGUUUGAAACCCAAGGAUUUUCGAUACUGCCGGUCACAAUCAUCGCAUAAACAUCGUUGUUCGUCCUCCUCAUCCAGCUCGUCGAGCAGUUCUUCGUCAUUUUCUUCGCGCGGCUAUUUCUCAUCGCCAUUUAUAAAAUUUAUCAAAAGCCACGAGAAAUCCAAUCUAUAUAUCAUGAAUGUGUGCAACUGCAAGAAAGGCCGUUGUCUCAAUCGCUGCGGUGAAUGUGUUUUACAGGAAGAAUAUCGAAGAAAUAGAAAAAUUUGCCGGAAAAUGCGAUGCCCUGGCGCAAAUGAAGUGGAACAUCAUGGACGAUGCGUAUGCAAGGAAAACUACUAUAGAAACAAGUGUGGCCAGUGCGUAACAAAAGACCAAUUGAAAAAUACCAUAAAUUGCUUAUGUUCGUGCCCGUGCGGUGAACAUGAAAUGCUCAGAAAGUACAAUGACUAUGAUCAACGCACUUGUUUGAAUUACAAAAAGUGUUCAAAACAAGAACCAGGAAAUAGAAAAUACAUAGUAGCGUGUGAUUGUGAAGACAGUUACUAUACAGAUACCAACCUUUAUGGUCCAUGCCAUGAAAAAUCUCAAUGCCGUGAUUGCCCAAAAAUUAAUGGAUAAUAAUUUUUUUGAAAAAUAUCUAUAUUCAUAUUAGACAUCAUUAGAUUUAUUAUUAGACAUUCUCUAUUAGAAUAAAUUUUUUUGUAGAGUUAACAAUUAUUUCAACAUUUGAAAACUGCCAUGGGUGAAAGAUGAAUGAUUUUGUCAUCUCAAUUCAAGCAGCCUAUAAAGGAAAAAGAGGCUCAUUUCAAAAUUGCCUUUCUUUCGAAUCAUUGUACUAGUAUAAGCAGCUUUAAAUAAUUAAACGGAAUAUAUAAA